GGGAGCGAGGGACCCGGGCUGCGCGCGGACGGCUGGUGGCGGCGCGCGCCCCGCUGCAUGGAGACCAUGCCCUGCCACAACCGGCCGUUGGGCGCGGCGGGCGGCCCGCGGCAGCAGGAGGACCAGCCGGCGGCCGGGGCAGGGGGCGGCUGUGGUAGCACCCGGCUGAUCCGCUUCGCGGAGCCCGGCCCCGACAGCAGCCCCAGCCCGGACAGCGGCAGCAAUGGGGUCCCACCCCCGGAGCCCGGGCCGCAGCCGCUGCAGAUCGGAGCCCAGCUCAAGCUGCUGCCCAUGAACGACCAGAUCCGCGAGCUGCAGACCAUCAUCAGGGACAAGACAGCCAGUAGAGGGGACUUCGUAUUUUCUGCUGAUCGUCUGAUCAGACUUGUGGUUGAAGAGGGAUUAAAUCAGCUACCAUAUACAGAAUGCACAGUGACCACUCCAACAGGGUACAAGUAUGAAGGAGUGAAAUUUGAGAAGGGAAACUGUGGAGUCAGCAUAAUGAGAAGUGGAGAGGCAAUGGAACAAGGCUUACGGGACUGCUGCAGAUCCAUCCGAAUAGGAAAAAUCCUGAUACAGAGCGACGAAGAGACUCAGAGAGCCAAAGUGUACUAUGCCAAGUUUCCACCAGACAUUUACAGGAGAAAAGUUCUUCUCAUGUACCCAAUACUGAGCACUGGCAAUACUGUCAUUGAAGCUGUAAAAGUUCUUCUAGAACAUGGCGUCCAACCAAGUGUCAUUAUCCUACUAAGCCUAUUCUCCACCCCUCAUGGUGCCAAAUCUAUCAUCCAGGAGUUCCCAGAGAUCACAAUUUUAACUACAGAAGUUCAUCCUGUUGCACCAACACACUUUGGACAGAAGUAUUUUGGAACGGACUGAGACACUUAACACAAAUUGGUUAUGUCAAUAUGUUGCUGUACGAUAUUACAAUGGUGUUUUUUCUACAUUUUAUUAUUUGUAGCAGGGCUGGCUGCAGGCAUAUUUAAAAUCUUUUUUGGUCAGAGGGGAAAAAUAUUUUACCUACCUUCAUUUUGUUUGGUUACUUUCUGAAAAUUGAAUCAGAUGCAAUAAUGAAGCCCAUUCAAUUAUUAUAAACUAAAGGCCCUUUAAUGUGCUUUUGGAAAUUGCUACACACUCAGUGCUUUAACUUAUUUAUUCUUUCAUAACCCUGUUCUGUAGCUCUUUGCAAUAGCAAAAUAAAAUCAUGCUGUAAAGCAUGCAACAUAAAUUUCAUUUUAUGUUGGUAUAGUUUGCGUUGUGCUGGUAUAGUCAUUACAGCUUAUUUUAAUAAUUCAAAAAUCAUGAAGGCACUUGGAACUCUGCAUAGACAACAACACCAGAGGUAGAUUUCUGAUCCUUGGAUGGUGCUCACAGCCAUGGAUUUCAACUCUUUUUAGGUCACUGUGUUCUCUAUGGACUAAUUCCACAUAGUAAAACAUUUUAUAGGUGCCUCAUUAAGCUCUGUGGUACUAAAAAAAAUAAAGAAACCUUCCACCAUAA